UUUUCUCAGCUGAUCUCUUCGAUGAGUGGGUGUGCAUCUCCGAUGAAGGCAAUGAUGAAGAGAAAUUAAACAGAGUUAAGAGGCUAAUGGAGCAGCUUCCUAAAGCCAACAUCAUUCUCCUAAGGAAUGUAUUUGAAAUGCUGCAUAGCAUCGAACAGCAGUCUGCGUCCAAUCAAAUGACAGCUUUUAAUCUGGCAGUGUGCAUUGCUCCCAGCAUGCUUUGGCCACCAUAUUCUGCCACUCCUCAGCUGGAGAAUAAGUUCAUUGAAAAGAUCCUUCUCCUUGCCCAAUAUAUCAUUGAAAAUUGUGGGAGAAUAUUUGCGGAAGAAGCCACUUCCCUCUUGAGCUAUGACAGAGACAAUGCCUCAGGUAUUAUGAAUCACUGGAUGGUUUUUUCCCCUAAUAAUAUGCCUUAUUAUAUCUGCCAGCUGCUCUACCAUCAAGGGGGAUUGCAAGCUGCUAAAAGCAUGGUGGCUCUGAGACUUUCAAAGGGGCCAAAGACUAGAUUGAAGGGCAGAGGAAACUAGGAUGGGAUUAGGGGAAGCCUAAUGGGGGGUGGAAUAGGAGUGGGAGGAAUGAAAUGCUGGUAAGAAUGAAAGUUUUUAAAGACAAUAAGAAAGGAUUCCAACAAUAAGAAAGGAUUCUCUAGACCUCCAGGACUGGGAAGGAGUCUGAAAUACCUAAGAGAGCUUCCCUCCCUGCACACCCCACAUUACAUCCUGUUCCACAUUGCCCAGAUGAAACAAAUAGGAAAAACAAAACCAAACACCUCUCAGGCCCAAAAAGCCACACAGCUAUUGAACCAAAUAGACACAUGCUUUCUCUUGCUGUUUGUCCAUUGCUGCUGACUGGCUUGAAACGUGCGAGAAAAAAAUCCAGUCAUAAAAGAGACUGAAGAAAAACAAGGCAUAAAAGGAUAUCAGUAAAGGGCAAGGGCAACAGAGAGAAUCUGGAGUGGGCAAAGAACAACAGAAUAAAAGACAAGUUUGGUGGCGUUUCCUGGGAAGGCUGAACGUAAGAUUUGAAAAGGCCUCAGACAGCAAAAGUGAAAAUCAUUAACGGUCAGUGAGGGGUGGGGAGUAUUAAAAGGGAAGAACUGAGGAAAUGAAAAAUGACUUUACUAAUCACCUUGAUUUGCUUGCUUCCCUACUAUAUACAGAGGAGACCACACUAAUCCAGGAAUCAGAAUCAGCCAAUCAGGAAACAGUUAGAGAUCCUUCUCAGGGUUCCAUUGCUACACCUGAAACUCCCUCUGCUGUGCUGGAAACCACAGAACUGACUUAAGCUGGUUCAUACCAGCUCUCAAGGACACAAGUAGCACAAGCAUCCUAGUUCCAGGACCUGGGGAACUUUUCAGCCCGACCCUCUUCCUGGCUGGCUCCUUGUGGGCAGUCUCACGAUCUCUGUGAAAUGGCCCCUUCCUGGGAACAGAAAACUGAACCCAAGAGACUGUGGCAGUACCUGAUUGGGCCACUACCCUGCCUUUCCCACCCAGCUUUGCAGCUUCUUUUUCUCUUUAUCAUCUGUACCACCUAACCUCAGCUCCAACCACAGCUCUGCAUGCAUGCCCACCACUUUGACAAAAAAAUAAACAUGCAUACAGCCUAA